AACGAAGACUAGCCCGGGUCAUACUGUACGGAAUACGGAGUGUUUGUUUCCAUACUACAGUGCGGAGAUAGAACAAUGCCGAAGCCAGGCGCCCAGCCUGUGGGGACGUGUUGCUUUUCAGGGGGGACGAGGAUCCAACCUUCGGCUUUUCGGGCGUAUCGGGUGUUCUUUCAUGCUGAGAUCAUGGGCGGGGGGAGGAGAUAAGUGCCGCUGUUUCGAAAAUUGUGUUACAUAAGAAGAGACAGCCCAACUGAUUGGCAGAAACAGACUCAUGACGGUGCUGGGGGUCAGAUCCUGAUAAAGGCUUCGUCGCGCUGUGUUUAAGAUUUGAUUUUCCACUGUCGCACAACUGCAACCGUCACACGUGGGUGAUAACGUCGUCAACCAUGACGGCUGUUUCCGAGAUCGAAACCGUCCAGGAUCGUCCUCUGGGAAAUACAGACAACAGCAGCCCGCCAGAACCUCGGCCGCAACAAGAAAAAUCCACUCAGGGGGAUGGACCGCCCGACGGUGGGCUGGUGGCCUGGCUGCAGGUCAUCGGUGGAUUCAUGCUGUUCUUCAAUACCUGGGGGAUGUUGAACACUUUCGGCGUGUUCCAGACGUACUAUGAGUCUGGCGAGCUCUUCCAGGCCUCCUCGUCCAACAUUUCCUGGAUCGGCUCGCUCCAGUCCUGCUGCCUGUUGCUGACGGGCUUGUUGUCAGGCCCGGUUCUUGACCGCGGCUACCUGCGCAUCCUGCUCGUGUUCGGUACCUUUUUCGUCACUUUCAGCUUGAUGAUGCUCUCCGUGUGCCGUACAUACUGGGAGGCACUCAUCUGCCAAGGCGUGAUUCUUGGUAUCGGCGGAGGCUGUCUGUUCGUCCCUGCCGUCGCCGUCCUCCCCAUGUAUUUCCGAUCAAAGCUAGCGACCGCGAUGGGGCUAGCAGCCUCCGGCUCGUCCACGGGCGGUAUCAUCUAUCCGAUUGUCUUCUAUCGUCUGGUCCCGCGCAUCGGCUUCUCCUGGGCGGUUCGCGUGCUCGGUUUCAUGGCACUGGGCACUUUGCUGAUCCCGCUCGCCGUCAUGCGCCUGCGCGUCAAACCCGCCAAGCCUCGUGCGAUACUGGACUGGUCCACCUUCACCGACCUCCAUUUCAUGAUCCUCAUCGGAGCCUUUGUUAUUGGCUACGCGGGCCUGUACGUCGGGCUCUUCUACCUAAGCUAUUUCGGCGAGGCCACCGGGAUCACCAACGAAUCGCUGUCCUUCUACCUGGUGCCCAUCCUGAAUGCCGGGUCCGUCUUCGGCCGUACACUGCCCAACAUCUUGGCGGACAAGAUCGGCCCGUUGAACGUAGUCGCCCCGGGCACGAUGAUCGUCUCCAUCGUGUUGUUCAGCUUACUCGCCGUGAAGAGUGCCGCGAGCCUGGUCGUGUGCGUCGUCUUCUUCGGGUUCUUCUCCGGCAUCUACGUCGCCUUACCCGCCGUCUGCUUCGUCGCGCUCACCCACGACAAGAGCAAGAUUGGCACCCGGAUCGGCAUGGGGAUGGCUAUGCUCGGGCUGGGAGUGCUCAUGGGCGGUCCAGGCGGCGGCGGCAUCCAACAGAGCCGUGACAAUGGGAUGGACUUUACCGGCACCUGGAUCUACGCCGGAGCCACGACCAUGGCCUGUUCGAUUAUACUAUUCAUCCUGAGGUUCAUGAAAGCCGGCUUCGAAAUGGUCAGGUGUUAGAUUUUUGGAAUUCAUAUUUGGUCUACUUCCUCUAUAUAUUAUACAGGCACAUAUGCGGGGGGGGAUCGUUUAGCGAUGGGUUAUUGCAUUAAGCAACUUUCUACAUAUAGUCUAGAGAUAUGAAAAUAAUAUUUAUUACCAAGGA